AUGUCGCAAGAAGAUGCCAAGUGUACACCACCCUCUGGUAGUGGUAGUAGCUUUAUAAACGAUAAGAGUUUUGAUCGCAGUAGUUCACAGGGGUCCGACAGACUUUCACAACCACUCAGUCAAGAAACAUUUAAUCAACUAUGGACUACUUUGGAGGAAAUAAGCGACCAUGGAAAUCUGACACAGAUUAUGAUGCAACCUCUAGAUUCCAGUGGUGUGGCGGAUUUGGACAGUCGUAAGAACUGUAUUGAGAUGGAAGUUGAUCAACAUCAGAUUGAACCCAAGAGCAGUCUUGCUGCAGUCUCGUCUUCGCCUAAUCACUACUUCUCACCUGAUAGUGUUAUGUCGAGUAGCAAACCGAGUGAUAACAGUGCAGAUCCCGGCGAAACUCCUCCAACGUACAUACCACCACUUCAACAGAGUAUAGCAACUCCAACUGUCCCAUCGACCACAGAGUACAUGGGAGACUAUGGUUUUGAAAUAUACAUGGCCAGUUCUCAAACAUUCUCAAAGGCUGCAACAUGGACAUACUCUGACAUAGUGAAAAAGUUGUAUGUGAAAAUGGCGGUAACUUGCCCAAUCAAGUUCAAAACACACACCAGUCCACCUCCAGACAGCAUCAUCCGAGCCAUGCCAGUCUUUAAAAGUCCUGAGUAUGUGAAAGAGGUUGUUAAACAAUGUCCAAAUCAUGCUUCAAUGAAGGUAAGUGGCUUGGAUCACCCAUUUCCGUCUCAUUUUCUGCGAUGUGAGAACAUACAAGCAAGGUAUACAGAGGACCCUACGACUAGUAGGCAGAGUGUGAGUGUGCCGUAUGAAAACCCACAAGUUGGAACUGAGUACAUUACCUAUCUUUAUGCGUUUAUGUGUUUCACUUCUUGCGUGGGAGGACUAAAUCGUCGCCCAAUACAAGUGAUCUUUCAGCUGGAGAAGGACAACGUAGUGUUGGGACGUAGAGUACUUGAUGUCAGAAUAUGUGCCUGCCCUGGUAGAGAUAGAAAGUCAGACGAAAAAAGAUGUCACCCUCCACCAAAACAAAUAAAGAGAGGUGCUAGUAAAACUGCUGGGUUUCAGAUGUCAGUUGGCUCUAAAAGGCGAAAGGGAGACGACGAUGUUUACACAUUGAUUGUCCGAGGUCGGGAAAAUUAUGAAUUCCUUUUGAAGAUGAAAGAAGCACUUGAAUUGAUGAGU